GCCCCUCAAUGACAAGUUACACAACUGUCAGUUGGAAAAAAUGGUGCUUAGAAAGUUGUGGAGGGUAACAAAAUACGGAGCCCUUGGAGGAGCCAUAGGAACAACAGGCUACCUACUACAAAAGAAUGACUGGGAUAUAUCAACUAUUGGAGUGGUCAGAUUUGGUCAAGCAGCAUGGGCAGCAGUGAGACUAGUAGCAGAUUAUAAGAUAAACCUGAGGGGACUUGACUAUGAUUCUCCAGAAUACCAGAAAGUCAAGUCAGAGAUUCAUCUAAGGUCAGCCUUGCGAUUGAGAGAUAUGUGCUGCACAAACGGGGGAGCUUUCAUUAAAGUGGGACAACACGUAGGGUCUCUUGAAUACCUCCUACCCAAAGAAUAUGUAGAGACCAUGAAGGUUUUACAUGAUAAAGCCCCCCAGUCUGACGUGGAAGAAUUGAAAAGAGUUUUUGAAGAAGAUCUGAAAAUGAAGGUGGAGGAUGUUUUUGAGAGUUUUGAAAAGAAUCCAUUGGGAGCUGCUUCUUUAGCACAAGUCCAUAAAGCAACUCUGAAAGAUGGAACAGUACUAGCUGUCAAAAUCCAGCAUCCUCAAGUCAAGAGUCAUUCUUAUGUAGACAUCAAAACAAUGGAGCUUCUAGUACACUGUAUUGCCUGGAUUUUCCCUGGCUUUCAGUAUAUGUGGCUUGCUGAGGAAACCAAAAAGAACCUUCCACUAGAACUGGAUUUUGUCCAUGAGGGACAAAACUGUGAGAGAGUAGAAAGACUUUUUAAACAUUUCCGCUUUCUGAAAGUGCCAAAAAUUCACUGGGAGUUGUCAUCAGAGAGAGUACUGACAAUGGAAUUCUGCGAGGGAGGAAAAGUAGAUGACAAGGCUUACAUGGAGAAACAUAAAAUCGAUGUCAAUGAGGUUAGUAAGAACCUAGGCAAGCUGUACAGUGAGAUGAUAUUCGUCCAAGGUUAUGUACAUUGUGAUCCUCAUCCUGGAAACGUCCUGGUGAACAAAACAGAGGACGGAACUCAGAUAAUCCUUCUUGACCAUGGAUUGUAUCAGACUCUGACUGAUCCAUUUCGAGUGAGCUACAGUAAGCUCUGGAUGUCCCUCAUCAAUGCUGACUUGGAGGGCAUUAAGAAGUACUCAGCAGAACUGAAUUGUGGGGACAUGUAUGGACUGUUUGCCUGCAUGUUAACGGCCCGCUCCUGGAAGGCCAUCACUAGUGGGAUAGAUAAAUCACAGAUUACACAGUCGGAGAGUGAUGAAAUAAAAGACAAUGCCGCAAACUACCUCAUAGAGAUCUCAGAAAUACUCAACAAGAUCCCCAGAGAGAUGCUUCUCAUUCUAAAGACCAACGACGUUCUACGUGGGAUAGAGUAUAGUUUGAACAUUCGACCUAAUGCCACAUCUUUCCUGAACAUGUCUCGGUGUUGCGUACAGGCCGUGGGAGAAGACGAAUACAGACAGUGUCAUUCCUGGUCCAGUCGCAUGGCAGUACAGUUUUCUACCUCAUGGCAACUCUUGAAAAUUAGCAUUUACGAAUUCUUCCUGUGGUUACAGUCAGAAUACUGUUGGUUGUUAAUGCAAGUGCCAAGUUAAUGAUAGCCAGUAAUAGGUUUUUUAAAUGUACUUUAUACAUUGUCUGAUAGGAUAUAUCAUCAGUUCUUUGUUUUGUUUUUAUAAACUUGUUCAUAAAUGUCACUGUAAGGGUUUUGAGCAAGUUUUUAUAUUUAAACUACUGUAAAAUCACUUAUUUUCAUGGAGGUUUAAUUUUCAUUGUUUUCGAGGCAAGGAGAGACCCACAAAUUUAUGACCACCAUGAAAUGUAAACAUUAUACAAUUAA